CGACUCCAUGGAAACGGCCAAGUGGCGUACUAACCGUUAGCCUCCCAGCUAAUGUAGGUUCUGACAACGUUACUGAUCACGGAAAACAUCUGUUCAUCUGGUGUGAAGGGAUGAGUCAAACCCCCGAUGCAAGAGCCAGAGACAGCCAAAUACGGAGGAUCCAGGAAAACAUCACCAAUGUGGAGAAACACUUUGGAGAGAUGUGCCAACUAUUCGCUGCCUAUGUCCGCAAAACAGCCAGAUUACGAGACAAGGCAGACGUUCUGGUCCGGGAAAUUGGCACAUAUGCUGACACGGAGACCCCAAACCUCAAGCGGGGCAUGAAGCAGUUUGCCGACCACCUGGCCAAGAUUCAAGACUACCGUCAAGCCGAGGUGGAAAGACUUGAAGGCAAAGUCAUAGAGCCAUUAAAAUGCUAUGGAGCUGUGGUUAAAAAAAAAAGGGAAGAUCUGAAGGCUACUCAGAGUGCCAAAUACAGAGAAGCCAGACAGAUGGCUCAGCUUGAGAAGACCAGACUGAGAAACCCAUCGGACAGACAGAUCAUUAAAAACCUCGGUACGUGCUGUGUUUUGUCAUCUAUCAAAUGUGAAUUUUCUCGUCAUCAGGCUGAAACCGAGCUUCAGAGAGCCACCAUGGAUGCUGCACGGACCACAAAGCAGCUGGAGGAGACCAUAGACGACUUUGAGCGACAGAAGAUCCACGAUAUCAAGAAAGUCUUCGGUGAGUUUGUAUUAGUAGAGAUGUCCUUCCACGCCAAGGCUUUGGAGGUCUACACUUUGGCCUUCCAAAGCAUUCAGAGCGUGGAUGAGGAGGCGGACCUGCAGGUGUUCAGGAAUUCGCUGCACCCCCCUGACUUCCACUCACGCUUAGACAUAGUCCGAGCUAAUUCCAAAACAUCUCUCGAUCGAACCGGGUCCUACCUGAGUACAUCAGGGACCGCACAGCAACAAAGAGCUAGCAGUAGCCUUACAAGAAGAGGGGAGGAGGAAGAGGACGACGAAGAGGAUGAAUCUGAAGAGGAGGAAGAGGAUGAAGAUGACGAGGGCACAGAAGAUGAACAUUAAGCUCUUUAAAUGAGGCUUUUAUUAUAUUUCUGUGGUGGCUUUUAGUGCAGGACAGAAGCUAUGAAAAGUGUGUAAAAACUGUGUCACUGCAAUAACCCCAUCACGAGGUGCAGGGGCAUUAUGGGUGGAAAGCCUUGUGAUCUUUUGAUGUUUUAUAAGAAACAUUUUUUUUGUUCUACGAUUUUUAUUCCAGCUAACCAUUUUAAUAAUAUUUUUUUAUAUGGUGUAUAAUCUCAAAAUGUGUAUCUGGUUAUCAUUUGUGUUUUAUAAUAGUAAUAAUAAAACAUUGAUAUGCUUUGCUCUGCUGUAUAAGUACACGGUGUACCUGAAGUCGGUUUGCAUUAAAAAAAAAAAAGCCUGAAAA